UUGUAUGUAUCGCGCGUGAGGAGCAUUGACUCAUUCGCCAUUUUUAUUUUUUCCAUUUGUCUUUUUUGGGUGUUGCUGCAGACGGAAAUUUAAAAAGUCGCAAAAAUGGAAAUGUCAUUAAAUCCUGUGCGUGUCUUGAAGAGCGAGGCUCAAGAGGAGAAAGCGGAAAUGGCCCGCUUGUCGUCUUUUAUAGGUGCUAUUGCUAUUGGUGAUCUCGUGAAAAGCACUUUGGGACCUAAAGGUAUGGACAAAAUCCUAGUAGCUCAUGGUCGCAAUGCUGGCCAGGUUGAGGUCACAAAUGAUGGCGCCACCAUAUUACGCGCAGUUGGUGUAGAUAAUCCUGCGGCGAAAAUAUUAGUGGACAUGUCACGUGUACAAGAUGAAGAAGUUGGAGAUGGAACUACUUCAGUGACAGUACUUGCAGCUGAACUUUUACGUGAAGCUGAGAAAUUGGUCGAACAAAAACUUCACCCACAAAUUAUUAUCGCUGGCUGGCGUUUGGCUACUCAAGUGGCACGUGAAGCACUUAUAGAAGCUUCCCAAGAUAACUCUGCAAAUGAUGACAAAUUUAAAGAAGAUUUAAUGAACAUUGCCAGAACAACAUUAUCAUCAAAAAUUUUGCAUCAACACAAAGAGUUUUUUGCAAAAUUGGCUGUGGAUGCUGUUUUGAGACUUAAAGGCUCUGGAGAAUUGCAUGCAAUACAAAUAAUAAAAAAGAGGGGAGGUACAUUAGAUGACUCAUUUUUAGAUGACGGAUUCCUCUUAGACAAAAAGCCAGGGGUGCAUCAACCUCAGCGGAUUGAAAAAGCGAAAAUUCUCAUUGCGAAUACACCUAUGGACACAGACAAAAUCAAAGUGUUCGGAAGUACGAUCAAAGUUGAUUCCUUAGCAAAGAUAGCGGAUCUUGAACUAGCUGAAAAGGAAAAAAUGAAAGAUAAGGUACAGAAGAUCCUUAACCACAAUUGUAACGUGUUCAUCAAUCGCCAACUCAUUUACAAUUACCCGGAGCAAUUGUUCGCGGACGCAGGCGUUAUGGCAAUUGAACAUGCAGACUUUGAUGGAAUCGAACGGUUAGCGUUAGUUACAGGCGGUGAAAUUGUUUCGACUUUUGAAAAUCCAGCGCUGGUCAAAUUGGGCGAAUGUGAUCUUAUCGAGCAGGUAAUGAUCGGUGAGGACACACUUUUACGAUUCAGCGGUGUAAAAUUGGGCGAAGCCUGUACAGUUGUGAUACGUGGUGCAACACAGCAAAUCAUAGAUGAAGCUGAUCGUUCGUUGCACGAUGCGCUAUGCGUGUUGGCCGCUACUGUUAAGGAAUCCCGUAUUGUUUAUGGGGGCGGUUGUUCUGAAGCGCUUAUGGCUAAUGCUGUGCUAAAAAAAGCAGGUGAAACCGCAGGCAAAGAAGCCAUCGCAAUGGAAGCAUUUGCCAGGGCUUUACUGGCAUUGCCUACAGCCAUAGCUGACAAUGCUGGCUAUGAUUCAGCACAACUGGUGUCGGAGUUACGUGCGGCGCACGCGCAGGGUAAAUCUAGUAUUGGUUUAGAUAUGGAAAAGGGCAAAGUGGGCGAUAUGAAGGAACUCGGAAUCACGGAAUCAUUUGCUGUUAAACGCCAGGUAUUGAUGUCUGCUUCAGAGGCCGCCGAGAUGAUACUACGUGUUGAUGAUAUCAUAAAAUGUGCACCACGACGCCGUGUACCUGACCGUGGUUAUUGCUAGAUUUAAGAUCUUAUUGAUUGUAUUAUGUUGUCAAAGAAAAAAACAACUCUAUGACGUUAACCUACGUAAGUUCUCUUUAUUUGUUUCCAAAAUGUAUUUAACAGAAAAAAAAGAAAAAAAUUAUAAUACCGAAUUAACCACUUAUUGCUUAUAGCUUCCAGUUCCAAUUUAUACAUUAGGCAAUCCGACAGUCCAAAUUGUCGAGCACGAAGUUUAUAAACCUAAUCACUUCCCACUAUAUUAAAAAUACUGAUUUUUGCAAUAAAUCUGUUAACACUUGGAAAGACCGGGUUGGAAUACA